ACAACUCGUGUUUUGAUUAGUUGACUUUCCAAAUGGCAUGUAUAUAAGAUGACGUUUAAAAACAAAACCCAACAACACAAAUAUAAAUUCUAACAAAAAUAUUUACUGUAAGAAAUAACAGUGUAGCUAAAAAAAUACACCACUUUUAUCGUGUUAUCGUCAAUGCGCAUGAGGUAAUUUAGAUUUUUCCCAUAGUUAUAAAAGCAACAUGUGACGUCACGUGAACAAAAACGCAUGCUUAUCCCGCUGCCGCAAACCUUCCGUGGCAUGUCGUAAAAACGGUCUGUAUCAAUGUUGUCAAGAGAAGUACACUGUUAUUUCUAUUGAUAGUGAGACCGCGGUAGCGUCCACAUUUUUAAAUAUGUAAUAACGUUAGUGGUGCUGGCUGCAUGUUCACUCGAGCCGGUACCGUUUAACAACAUGAUGGACGUCGUGUAGGCUUUGAGAAGCCAGAAGAUGAGUUAAUCUCUAGCAAAACAAGCUCGAAAAUGGCAACAUACAACGCCGAAGUCGCUGCAGGAAAUUCUGUUGUGGUGGAGGUGAGCCCAGAUAUCCAUAUCUGUGGCUUCUGCAAGCAGCAGUAUAAUAAUUUUGAGGUCUUUCUCGCUCAUAAGCAAAAUGGAUGCUCCCUACCCACCUCUGACACAUCAGCUACCACUGCAACAGCCACUCUCACAGAUUCCAGCACUGAGUUUGUUUUUGAGGAAACCUUCCAGACAUGUGUUAUGAGAGGUGUUAAAAAGAUCCUGACCAAAGCACAGAAAACACCUUCCAAAAAAUUAAAACCUGCCCUGACUUCAAAGAGACACAGCUGCUGUUUCUCAGGUUGCACUUUUAAGACACAGUAUGGCCAAAAAGACAUGGAGCGGCAUCUCAAAACCCACACCGGGGAGAAGCCAUUUGAAUGUGAGCUGUGCCACAAGCGCUUCAGUCGACGGGACAAGCUCAACAUGCACAGCCGUUCACACACUGGCGAGAAGCCACACAAGUGCAAACACUGUACCUAUGCAGCCGCAGACAGCAGCAGUCUGAAGAAGCACUUACGUAUCCACUAUGAUGAACGGCCUUUUAAGUGUCAGAUCUGUCCGUACGCCAGCCGCAACUCCAGCCAACUCACUGUGCACCUCCGCUCGCACACUGGGGAUGCACCUUUCCAGUGCCAACAGUGUGAAGCAAAGUUCAAAAUCAACUCAGACCUGAAGAGGCACAUCCGGAUUCACUCUGGCGAAAAGCCUUACAAGUGUGACUUUUGUGAAUACCGCUGCGCCAUGAAAGGCAACCUGAAAUCUCACAUUCAGAUCAAACAUGGCACGGAGAAUUCCUUCCACUGCGUGCACUGUGAGUUCCAGUGUGCCAACAAGACUGCUCUGCGGCAACACUCACGAGAACACCAACCCACUCAGCCCAUCCAGUGUUCCAAGUGCACUUACUCCUGCUCCAGCAAGGGGGCGCUCAAAGUCCAUGAGAGGAUCCAUUCAGAGGAGCGCCCUUUUAAAUGUGACUUCUGCAACUUUGCCUCCAAGCAGCGCAGCAACCUCGUCAUCCACAAAAAAAAGUGCCACUCAGAUAAACCUGAAAAGGGCAGCAGUGGGAAAAGUGGCAGAGGUGGGGGGAAAAGCGGAGGAGGUGACUCUCCAAAGCCCGUUGGCUCCAGAUACCGGGCCAAACUAGAUGCGGCUCGAGCUUUCUGCUGUGAUGUGUGCAGCGCUUCCUUUGUGAGGGAAGACUCCCUGCGGAGCCACAAGAAGCAACAUAGAGACACUCAGAAUGUGUUGCAGUUCCAGCUCUCCACCCCAGCCGAUGCAGUUAACUUGGUUCCUGUCACAACGUCACAGAGCAACACCCAGCUAGAAGUUCCUAUCCUGUCUGACUCGGCUCCUUACACCAGUGCACAGCUCAAAAUCAUCGUAUCUCACCCUCUGGGCCAGGAGAACCCCUUAAUACCAGCUGGUGUGGAUAGUCAGAAUAAGACCAACAUGGUCCUGCUAAGUCCGGAGAGCCAGGACAUGGUUGUAAACUCCAUGAUCCAACAGGUCAACCUGCUAGCACCUAUGCAGCCCCUUGUUUCGUCCCAAACUGCAGAAGCCACUAUUGAACCCCAGACGGUCCUGUUGACACAGCUCGGCCCCGCUGACACCAACAACCCUCUCCACCAGGCCCUGCUGCAGACGGCUAUAACCACUCAGGACUCCAGCAGCGGCUCGCAAACAUUCAUUACAACCUGCUCUGAACUUGAGGGCCUCAACGCCCUGAUCCAGGAGGGUGGGACAGAGGUUACAGUGGUGACAGAAGGAAACACCGCCAUGGUGACCACAAAAACUCCACCCAACAUGGUGUGUGGUUCCUCAGAGGACAUGUCUAAGCCAGCACGGACAGUUACUGUUGAGGAGAGUGCCUUAGCCUCUGAGGAACGUGCGUUGCUUGUGCCAAACAUCAGCCUGGGCAGCCAGAAUGUGGUCAUCCACAGCAUUCCACUGAUAGUGUCCACUCAGCCACAGCAGAGUGCAAUACAGCAGCUCCCUCCUCACACACUCUACUCAGAUUCGCACACACUGGAAGGCAUCCCGCAAUGAGUUGAGGGUCGGGAGUGUUUUUCUUAAAAUGUAAAGACUGUAACUGCAUCAUAAGCUAUUUCUUUGCCAGUAAGAACUCUUAGGUCUAUACGUUACAUACAUGUGCAGCCCAUUAACAUUUAACUGCUUUUGUUUCUUGCAAGUUAAUCAUUAACCAGUGAAGUAACAUUACGGUUGACUUUGGAGACAUGUUGAGUUUUCCGAUUUUAGAAUAAUUAAUUGUUGUAGCUGUUCAGUCAAGAAUGUUGUCAUGUUUAACACUGAAUAACAUUUUGAAUGUGAAAGUUAACCAUUUGGACAUAAUUUCAUAUACUCUAUUUUCAAGUGUCUUUUUGAGGGGUAUUAAAAUAAACCUUAUUUUAAAUCAAUGAAUUGAAUAAAUUAUUCAAUUAAAGUAAGGUUUAUUUUCAGGCAAAGUCAUAGGAGAAAAUGUCUGAAUAAGGAAAAAUUUAAAUCUGAAACAGAUUGUUAAAUACUUUGUGCCCAUAUUUAAAUAUUGAAACAACUUGUGCCAUGGAUUUCUCCAAUUUGUCCUUUAGGUGGCAGCAGAGUUAUAUGAAUAAAGGGUGAAAUCUACUCUGAAAUUGUG